GACGGGAGGCGCUCGCGCGAAACCCGCGAUGUGGGGCUGGGACGGCCCCGACGACGAGGACCUCGCGUUCGACGUCGACGCGUUCGACGUCGACCAAGUCGCGGAGACGAGACGCGUCGAGCGCAUGGUGCUGACGGACUUGUAUCGAACCACGGAGGGGAGCCGGUGGUACCGCCAGCGCGGGUGGCUCUCGCGAGAGACGCACUGCGCGUGGGAGGGGGUGACGUGCUUGCGAAGGAGCGACCCGUUCGGGGUGCUUUCGUUGGAGCUUCGCGACAACGGCCUCGCCGGGCCGCUGCCGCAGACGCUCGCGCGUUUGCACAAGCUCAGGAAUUUGGACUUGCGGGAUAACGCUCUUCGAGGGAGCGUUUCUUCCGCAUUCGGGUCGAUGACGAAGCUGAAAGUCCUCCUACUUAAAGGAAACGCCGUGAACGGGAAGCUCCCGAAAGAACUCGGCGGCGCGGCGGGCUUGACGCAGGCUGACCUGAGCGCCAACGCGUUCAUCGGCGCGAUGCCAGCGGACCUCGGCCGUCUGAGCAACCUCCGCAUGCUUAACGUGUCGCACAACGGGCUCAGCGGCGAACUCCCGCACCGUCUCUGCGGCGCGCCGUCCCUCGAGGUGUUAUCCGCGUCCAAGAACCGCAUCCGCGGCGGUCUCGAGCGGUGCGGCGCGGCGCUGGACGCUCGCGGCGCCGCGUCGACGAUGCGUCUGUUCGACGCGUCCGAGAACAAUUUCGACGGCGAGCCUCCCGCGGCGCCGUCGCGGUCGGGCUCGCUCGCGAUAUGGGACGUGUCCGGGAACGCGCUGACGGGGACGAUCCCGAAUCGCGCGCCGCCGCGGAGCUUGAGGGUGCUGUCGUACGCGCGUAACAAACUGACGGGUGCGAUUCCCGACGCGUUGUUCCCGAGAGACAGCGGCCUCCGGCGCGUCGACUUGAGCGGGAACGCGCUCAACGGCACCCUCCCGGACGGCCUCAUGGGUCUCACGAAAGUGCGGGUCGUGAACGUGAGCGGGAACGCGCUGAGCGGGGCGAUACCGAGCGAGGGGGACGUCGACGUUCGAGCGAUGGCGUCGUUGACGGAUUUCGACGCGAGCAACAACGCGCUCGUCGGCGCCGUCCCGCCGUCGCUCGCGGGGCUGAAACACCUCCGAACGCUCUCUUUGCGCGGGAACAAGCUCACCGGGACGAUCCCUUGCGAUCAGCUCGCGCACUCGCGCUCGCUCCGGGAGUUAGACCUGAGCGACAACGACCUCAGCGGCGAGCUCUCCGGCGACGUCGCCGCGCUCGGGGAGCGGCUGACGCGUCUGGACCUCUCUCGGAACCGGCUCUCGGGGCCCGUGCCCGUGGGAUUGAUCACGGGGAGGGCGCUGACGCACCUGGACAUCUCGGGGAACGAAGAUCUGGAUUGGACGAGCUUAGGGGUGCGCGAGGGUGCGUGACGUGCGCGCGCGGAAGGAGGGCGGCGCGGAGAUCGGGCGUUUGGUCCUCGUCGCCGACGGCGUCUGCGGGGAGGCAUCUUGAAAUAACUGUUUUUUCCGGUCCGAGAUAGUUACACGUGGAGGCGGCUCGGUGAGUUCGGUGAAAAAAAUUAGAUUCUCG